CGUUUCGUUCACAAUAAAUUGUUAUCGUCUAGUUAUGAAUUUGUAGCGGCAUAUUUAAAAAUGAUAACAAAGAAUAUGUACAUAUUGUGUUAGUAGUGUACUAAUUACUUUCGAAAUAAUACGUGUAGCCAGAUGUACCGUAAUAUUUUAAAAACCGACGAUUAAAAAUUUACGAACUAUUAAACAUUAUUUUCAAUGCAUAAUACCUUAAUUUAAUAAGUAAUUUAGAUAGAUGUUUCUAGGAGGAUUUUGUAAACGUGUAAAACAGUGUGCAAAUGACAUAGAUACAUAAUAAAUGAAUCAAAUGUCCAGAGAAGAAAUUGAUAUCAGACGACUUUUAACAAGAUGUGAAUUCAUGGCAAAAGAUGAUCCUCAUAAGGAUUGGAAGCUUGAAAAGUACAUCCUUGCUUUGGAUGAUAUGAUCAAACAAUUACAAACAUUACCACGUAAACCAUCUAAGGAUACCAUGAUGGGUUACAUUAAACGAAUAGAUUUCCUGAAGGGAUUAGUAAAUACAACUAAACUUACAAGUCCAGUAGAUAGAGUUGCAGCUGUACAAAUGUUACCAAAAAGUUCUACAACGUUUAAUGAUUCAAUAGGUCCAAAUAUAACAACCCAGAUACAUCAAAAAACUUCAGCAAAAUAUAAUAGAGAAUUGCGUGCUGAAUUAUUCCAUAGUGAUAAGGAAGAUGGUAUAAGACAAAGAUUAACUAGUACAAACAUGCAUGAUGAUGAUUUAGGUGCAAUUUUAAAAUAUAAUAGAAAUAUUCAAGAAAAAAUUGCUGAGAAUAUGCUUUCUAUGACUAGUAGCAUAAAAGAGCAUGCUUUAGCAGCAAAUGCCAUUAUAAAAAAAGAUAUUGGUUUACUUGAAAAAUCUGAUAAAUUAACUGAUGUUAAUACAAGUAAAUUAAAAACAGAAUCACUAAAACUGCAAGAACAAACACAAUCAUAUUGGCGGUGCUGGAUGUGGGUGAUGAUCGCAUUUGUUUUAGUUGUAUUUUUCAAUAUGGUAUUAUUUAUAAAAGUUGCAAAGAAGAGUAUUUAAAUUUGUAAAUACAUUUAUAUGUAUAUCUACAACUGACUUGGGUACAUGAGAGGUAGACCAUGUACAAAUGUGAAUAUCUUCAAUUCAAAUAAAAUCAUUAAAUAUUGUUAUUCUUAUUAUAAGCAUAUCUGUAUAUAUUUUUCAUGAUGAAUUUUCAUCUAUGUGUAUAUGUGUUGACUACACUUAGUCAAUAAUAUGGUAAAUUAUAAUAAAAAUAUAAAAUUUUUAAUUUC